AUGUCCGAUCUCACCCAAUUACGCGACUACAACAAACGCAUUGAUCGAUCUGUUGAGGAUGGGCUAACCAAGCUCAUGGAUGGUUUGACUUGCGGCGUCAGUGUCGACGAGUACAUCGGUGUGGACGACGACGAGCCGAUUCAGUGCGACUAA